AUCCAGCGCACAAUUAACUAGCAAAUGCAAUGCAAACCCGCUAGGACAAGCAACGGAACAAUCGAGCUUGUAGAAGUGGUAACGACGCGCGCUUGCAUCGCAAUCGCAUGCAUGCAACGAUGAGGCACAUCAUGACGUGCCCAGACACCAUUAACAGCUACGUGGGCAACCUCACAGAAUCCUACACCGACAAGAGCAAUGAGCCCAACAUGGUGGCAGCCUCCGUCAUGAUGUUCGCCCUCGCCGGGCUCUUCUUCAACCUCAACCUCUUCAGCGGCAUCUCCGACAUCAGCGCCAUCCUCGACCCUAAAGUCCGGCUCUUCCUCUCGUCGGCGCUCUCCCUCUUGCUCCCCGUCAUGUCCUACCUCUUCUCGGAAGCCAAGAAUAACGCCGGCAACACCACCCGCGUGGGCACUGUCCACGUCGCUGACCUCUCGCUGAGGGCCGGCAUCAUCCUUGCAUGGAUGCUCCUGGUGGAGCUCCUGCGCAAGAAGGUGGACGAGAUCCGCAUGCGCGGCUACUCCGGCACCGUCCAGCGCGCCGGCCGCGUCGUCUGGCUGGGAACCCUCGUCUUCUUCAACAUCAAAAGCACCGGGCGGAAAGCGGUGUUCGCCAUCCUCUGGAUCCUCUGCGCCACCCGGGUGCUGCAGAGGAUCGCCUUCACCGAGUUCGGGAAGCGCUCCUACGCCCAUGGCAAGAACGCCCGCCUCAUCAGCUCGUACAUGGCGCAGAUCCUGGAACAGGAGGAGCCUCGAGCUUCUGUCGUCCAUGGCGAUGCUGCUGCUGGGGACGAGGUGCUCAAGAGCUGCAACUACAUUGUCAUGGGAGAGGAUACGCUGGUGGACAUUGAGCCCACUGCAGAUGGCUACAAGCUGGACGAGCAGGCCAGCGGCUCCCCACCACGCUACGACGACGGCGGCGUUGUCAAAUGGGUCAGAGAAAACGAUAGCAUCGUCACCGUCGGCAAAGUCUGGGAGCUCGAUGACAGUGACAAGUUCUUCACCUCCCAAAAUCAGAUCCAGCGCCUGAAGAGGAUCUGCCUCUCGUUCGCUCUCUUCAAGCUACUGCGCCGAAGGUUUGAGCACCUGCCGGCGUUGAGCAAACAAGAAGUGGACGACUCCAGGGACCUACUCCUGAAGGGCCUCUACAACAAUGGCGAAACCAGCUGCUCGGCCGAAGCAAUGUUCCAGGUCAUGAACGACGAGGUGGUCUUCAUCAAUGAGUACUACCACUCCGUUGUCCCCGUCGUCCUUGCGAGCCCCUUCUUCCUCGUCCUAAACUACUUCCUCCUCAACAUCGUCGUAGCCAUCCUGUGCGUCAUGACCGUCAUCCUCUGCGCCAACGGUGACGUCCCCUACGCGUUCCAGAGCAUAGCCAAAGACAACUACACCUUGGAUUCUGGGGUGUUUAAGAUAGCCAUCUGCCUCCUGCAGAGAGUCGGCACGCCUUCAAACUUCUUCUCCGUCGUAGACCUCUCCAUCACCAUCCUCCUGUUCGUCAUCUACUUGUACGAGGAGAUGUGGGAGUUCUUCGUCUUCCUCCUCUCCAACUGGUUCAUGGUGUCCCUGCUCUACAACUACAUCUCCAAGCCACGGUGGCUGAGGCACAACUCCUUCCGGGGCACCAUGUUCUCGGUGGGUUUCAGCGUCAUCAUGUGGCUGAGGAGCAAGAUGACCCAGCCGAGCCUAACCCUCAAGCAGUUCACCGUCCUCAACGUCCGUUUGCCGCUCAAGCUGCCGCUCUUCCCCGCGUUCACCGGCCUGGCGGUGGAGAAGAAGCCAGUGCCGAACAGUGUGAUGAGAUCCGUCAUCGACUACCUGGCGAAACGUGGACAUGGUGCCCCGAACUACGACUACGACCUCGACCGUGGCAGGUCUGCGCUGCGGAGGAACGGCGUCUUCGACAAGCUGUCGUGGGCGUGCGAGAGCGACAGCGUCGCCGAGACCAUCCUCACGUGGCACAUCGCCACCAGCAUCAUGGAGGUGAAAUGCCGCCCGCGGACGACGGCGGGCAGCAGCGCCGCGGAGGAAACAACCUCCUCCAGCAGGGUGGCCGUCAGGCUGUCCAAGUACUGUGCCUACCUGGUGGCCUUCCACCCGGAGCUGCUGCCGGAGAACCCGGAGAAGGUGGAGCGCGUCUUCGAGGGGGCCAAGGAGGAGCUGAAGGGGAUGAUCGGCUGCCGGGACUACUACUUCUCGCCGGAGCGGGAGCGGGUCAGGAAGCUCAUGGCUGACGGGACGACGACCCUGACCCCCGGUGAUGGAUGCAGCAGCAGAGUUGUGCGUGACGGCGUGAGGCUAGCAGGGAAGUUGCUGGCGAUAGACGACCAUAAUAAUAACCAGUGGCAGGUGUUGGCGGACGUGUGGACGGAGCUCAUCAUCUACCUGGCGCCGUCGAGCGAGGAGGAGCGUGUGAUGGGGCACGAGGACGCCCUGGUGCAAGGAGGCGAGUUCAUCACCGUGCUCUGGGCGCUCACCACACACAUCGGCGUGUCCAGGCCGCAGCAGCCGGCCAGCAGGCCGCCAUGUUGAUCUCGUGAUCUCCAAGGAUGAGGGCCAUGGCCAUGCAUCCCCUUUGGUUUCCACACGUGUUUUGCCCCCUUUUGGUUUGCAGCUUGUUGCUGCUUGAUGUUGCUGCUGUUCUUCUUGCUGCAUGCAUGCUUUGGUGUGUUUUUGUUUUGGCGUGCUGUGUGGUUAAUUGUUUGAUAGAUUGAUUUGAUUUGUUCCAUUACAAAAAUUUAUUUUGUAUCUUUUUUUUUUGAAAAAAAACGGGGGCGAGCCCACCUUACAUUAA